UCAAAAGACACAGACACUCCGCCACUGCGCAGUAAGCCUACCGGACCAAGUGCCACCAAUCCGCCAGUCUUCGAAUCGCCUGCCGCUUUGCCCUCCGAAUCGGACACACCACUGACUCUGAAGCACAAUCGCCUCCUCUCGGACGCUCUGCUAUCCGCGCUGGAGGCAUUUUGGUCCAUCCCUUGGGGCGAUUCUGGGCGCUCUCAGCUCGUCUCCUCCGAACUGCAAGCGGACGAACAGGCGCAGUUGACAGUGCCUGUUUGGUUUAUUUACCACCUAGCUGGGCAUCCUUGCUGUCGUUUUCGGGAAUGCGCUCUCUCACUGUACGAUGUUUGGUGCGGAUCCCAAGCUUCCGAUCGCCAUUCAGCAGCACUUCUGGAUAGCGUGGGCCGCCAGAUGGCUGGACAGAUUCUCUCCCUGCCACACAGUGUCACCCUUCUCCUGCAGGGUGCCGCCCUGGAGGCCAGUGACUGCCCCUUUCACGAGGCUGAUGUACUGAGUCUGCGGCUCCCCGUAGCUUUGGCGGUCAUCGCUGCCGCUACCGUCGAUACCGCUGUUCUCGCCUGGCUGGCUGUCACCCGCAACUCGGACAGCCGUCUGUCUGAGGCGUUGGAACGCCAACUCACCGCCUUUCUGACCGCCAUCGAGCGCUUUGCUAUUUUUGCUAAGUGUUUCCCAGAUGUUCUGAAGCUCCUGCAAGCAGUCCACCUCUGUGAGACCCUGGUAGACCUGGUUCCCUUGCUUCAAUCCAUCUGCUUUAGCAUCUGUCAUCUCUGCAAGGAGGGUGACCAGUUCUGUGUGCGACUGCAUGAGGCCAGCUUCAGGUGGGCACGCCUCCUCUCCGCAGUUUUCAACGGCUUCGAUGUGGUGACUUCAUUUCCCCUCGUACAGCAACUCGUCUCCCGUCUAACGGACAAUUCCGUGGCCUUCUACACCGACGCAGCUAGCGGUCCCAGCGCUUGUGUUAUCCACGAGUCCCUCCUACGUGUCCACCUCACCCUUUUUGAUGGUCUCUGCUCCCAACUCGUCAACCUUCCCUCAGUUUCUCUCGUUGCUCUCUCCUCAUAG